AUGAAUAGCGAUCAAGUUACACUGGUUGGUCAAGUGUUUGAGUCCUACGUUUCGGAGUACCAUAAGAAUGACAUGCUUCUCAUCUUGAAGGAAAGAGACGAAGAUGCUCAUUACCCAGUUGUGGUUAAUGCCAUGACCCUUUUUGAGACCAACAUGGAAAUUGGGGAAUAUUUCAAUGCAUUCCCUAAUGAAGUGCUAACUAUUUUUGAUAAUGCACUGAGAAGAUCAGCCUUGACGAUUCUCCAGUCCCUUUCUCAGCCUGACGGUCUCUCCAUGAAGCAGAAUCUUCAUGCCAGGAUAUCAGGAUUGCCUGUUUGUCCUGAGCUGGUGAGGGAGCACAUCCCUAAAACCAAGGAUGUGGGACACUUCUUGUCUGUCACGGGGACAGUGAUUCGAACAAGUCUGGUGAAGAUCCUGGAGUUUGAGCGGGAUUACAUGUGUAACAAGUGCAAGCAUGUAUUUGUGGUCCAGGCUGACUUUGAGCAGUAUUAUACUUUCUUCCGGCCGUCCUCAUGUCCCAGCUUGGAGAACUGUGAUUCUUCAAAAUUCACUUGCCUCUCAGACUUGUCAUCUCCAACUAGGUGUAGAGAUUAUCAGGAAAUCAAAAUUCAGGAACAGGUUCAAAGGCUGUCUGUUGGAAGUAUUCCACGAUCGAUGCAGGUUAUCCUGGAAGAUGAUUUAGUAGAUAGUUGUAAAUCUGGUGAUGACAUCACUGUUUAUGGAGUUGUAAUGCAGCGGUGGAAGCCCUUUAAGCAAGAUGUGCGCUGUGAAGUGGAGAUAGUCCUGAAGGCCAAUUAUGUCCAAGUAAAUAACGAAGAGUCUGCAGGGGUCAACAUGGAUGAGGAGGUCCGAAAGGAAUUUGAAGACUUUUGGGAACACUAUAAGAGCGAUCCUUUUGCAGGAAGGAAUGAAAUAUUGGCCAGCUUGUGCCCUCAAGUUUUUGGAAUGUACCUAGUAAAGCUUGCUGUGGCCAUGGUGCUGGCUGGUGGGAUUCAAAGAACCGAUGCUACAGGAACACGGGUCAGAGGUGAAUCUCAUCUUUUAUUGGUUGGGGAUCCUGGCACAGGGAAAUCUCAAUUCCUCAAAUAUGCAGCAAAGAUUACACCAAGAUCUGUGCUCACCACAGGAAUUGGAUCUACUAGCGCAGGUCUCACGGUAACUGCUGUAAAAGACUCAGGAGAAUGGAAUUUGGAGGCGGGAGCAUUAGUCCUCGCAGAUGCCGGCCUCUGCUGUAUCGAUGAAUUUAAUAGCCUCAAAGAGCAUGACAGAACUAGCAUCCACGAAGCAAUGGAGCAGCAAACCAUUAGUGUCGCUAAGGCUGGCCUCGUGUGCAAACUGAACACAAGGACCACCAUCCUCGCAGCAACUAACCCCAAAGGCCAGUACGACCCCCAUGAGUCUGUGUCAGUGAACAUUGCCCUUAGCAGCCCACUCUUAAGUCGAUUCGACCUGAUCCUCGUUUUGCUUGAUACCAAGAAUGAAGACUGGGAUCGUAUCAUUUCCUCUUUUAUCUUAGAAAACAAAGGUUACCCAAGCAAAUCAGAGAAGCUCUGGAGCAUGGAAAAGAUGAAAUCCUACUUCUGCCUCAUUAGGAAACUACAACCCACACUGUCUGAUGAGGGUAAUCAAGUUCUGCUCCGGUACUACCAGAUGCAAAGGCAGAGUGACUCCCGGAACGCUGCCCGGACCACCAUCCGCCUGCUGGAGAGCUUGAUACGACUAGCAGAAGCUCAUGCUCGCCUGAUGUUUCGUGAUACAGUGACUCUGGAAGAUGCUGUUACAGUGGUGUCGGUAAUGGAGUCCUCCAUGCAGGGAGGUGCGCUGCUAGGAGGUGUGAAUGCACUCCACACUUCCUUUCCUGAAAACCCUCUGGAGCAGUACCAGAGGCAGUGUGAACUUAUUCUGGAAAAGCUGGAGCUGCCCAACCUCUUGAGUGAAGAACUGAGAAGACUUGAAAGGUUACAGAAUUGGAGUGUGGAUCAAUCCCAGCCGCAGGCCGUGGAAGCAGAGACAAUUCCAGGGUCCCUGGGAGGUGAUGCCCGGAAAGAAUCAAACUUCAGGACAUCGACGCAGCAGGAAGUAAACUGUAGCACCCAUCAGUUCUCUAUUGGAGGCAGUUUCGGGGGAAGCCCACUUCUCGGUCCCCCAUCCCAUCUGGGGCCUAAGAGACCAACAAGUGGAAAGCAUUCAGAGGAGCACAGAAACAGCCAGGAUGACAGUUUGGACUGGUUUGAUUCCGUGGCAACUCAUCCGACUGAACCUAAAAACACUGCUCCUGUGUCUCCUAGUCCCAAAACAAGUAGGGGGGCAAUGGCUUUGAAAAUCGGCAACAACAGAUCUCAGGGUAAGGAGGAUAGGGAGGCAGGCCAAAGGAGCAAAUUGGAGACUGAACCACUUCCAGCAGCAGGAGAGACAGAAGCUCCAUUGAGGCCAGACGACCGUGAGGGUGAAAGGGCAAGAGGGGCCGCCACGGUGUCUGAAGCGGCCAUAUCUGCUGAUGAACCCGACUCGGUGCUGACUCAUCACGUCCCCAGGAAACUGCACGAGCUGCACAAGGCGAGGGCCCAGGAGUUGUGCAGGAAUCCCACCAGGCUGCCCUCACAACCCACAGGCCCUUCUCAUCCUCAGCCCACUCCUAUCCAGAGCCCAGAGAGAGUGCUGGAAACUCCCAAAAGAAAGAGACAGAAGUCACACACUCGGGCGCAAGGGCCCCACCAUGAAAGUGUUGAGAGUCUGGGUGCCCCUGUGGCCAAACUGGCAAAAUUCACUUUCAAACAGAAGUCAAAACUGACCCAUUCCCCUGAAGACCAUGGCCCUGUGUCUGCUGCCACCAGUAAACCAGUAAUUCAGAGUCCUGAAACUCCCCAGCGUGGAGCAAAAGGAGCAGCUCUGCCUGGGAAGGGCCCGGAAAAGCUGGCCUCCCCCUCCAGAAUUAGAAACUCGGCUCAGCCGCAGGAUGAGACAAGGGGGGUGUCACGGCAGCCACCCUACAAAGACAGACCAGGAGAGAAGAGGGAACGUGCCCCUGCAAAAGGAACUGUCCAGCCUGAGUUAGAGCUUGGUAAUGACGCGGGGCGUUUCCGUCUUGCUAGUGAAAGAGUCAGAAAGGAAGAGGUUUCAUGCAGUAACAAAAGCAGCAAGGUUCAUGCUUGCACGUUAGCCAAAUUGGCAAACUUCUCCUUUACUUCCCCCUCUGAAUCCAAAUCAGAAUCCCCUCCUCCUCCUCAAAGUAAGAACCCGGGCGAGGGCGGCCCCAGCUGUGGGGCCACAGCUACAGCGCUUGGCAGGAAGAGGAAAACUUUUCAGCUGGACACAUCCACCGAGAAACUAAGUCUUUCCAAAACAUCUCUCUUCACUUUACCAGAACUAGAUGACGAACCGUUGGAUUUUGAUUGGGAUGAGGAGCUGAGAAAAAAGUCGUAAUCAUGAAAAGCUCUCUGGUCAAGUUUCACCCUCCCCUACCAAAGCCAGCCCCUCCAGUAUAUCAGCGUGGCAUUUACAGAUGUGGACACCAUUCUGAAUCCCACCCCCCACCCCCACCAUCAGGUUUUGUAAAUUCAGGUUUAUCCUCAUGACGUGAAAAGCUGUACAAUCAUUGUAGGUCACUGUGAUACCAGCACAUGAAUUGCAUUAAUUAGCAACUGUGCCUUGAUUUUAAGGGGGUGGGUUUUCCUGAGACCCCUUCUUUCAUUCCCUCAGGAACAAAUGCCACGAAGGUAACAAUCUAACAAGUCAGAUGAACUCUUUUUCUGUUGUUUGUUUUGUUUUUCA